AUGUUCGUACAGCCGAGCCUAAUUGGUGGGUUAGGUCGAUCUAGCUGGAAGACGUUACGAGAUUCGAACUUUUUCCUGUUGCAACAAAGGGGACAGCAGCACCAAAUCAGUAACCGAAAACGAAGUUACGUGCCAGAAUAUCGGAUCAUCACGAGGAGUUUUCCGCAUUAUCGAGUCGCAGCAAGUGAUGAUUAUAGUCAAAUAAUGGAAGCUUUCAAAAUUCUGCAUAACGAAAUUUUGUCAGAAGUCGAAGGAAAAAAGACCGCAAAGAAGAUAUUGAAGCAACUCAAAGUUUGGUGUGCUAGGGAAGAACAUGCAACCCCUUUUGACGAAGAUGGAUAUACGAGUGAUUCAUCGAUCACUCAGGAGGAAUGGAAUUCAUCAGGGGAAAUGGAUGAACACAAUAUUGAUGUCGGUGGGAGGAAUAAUAACGGUGUGGCUUCUUCAUCUUCAUCGAGGAAAUCGGAGGGGGGCGCUGAUAUCGAAGAAAAUAAUAGUAACAACAAUAAUAAACAAGAAACCGCACAUGACUUGGAUUAUAGUGAUUCUGAAUAUUCUCAUAAUGAGAGCUCCUCUGAAGAAGUUAAUCCGACGGAGACAUCAGGUUCAAUAAUAUCAUUGGGCAAUAUGAUCGUCGGGAUGUUAUUGGGAUGGGUUGAAGGUCCGUCUAAUAAUCCGAGUAAUAUCGAUUCCAACAUAAAAAAUAAUCAUCCAUCGACAAAUAAACCUUCAAAUAACAAAAAUUUGACGAUAACUGAUAUUCCAUUGCAGUUUAUUGAUUUGUUGACGUACCCGGAUGUUGAUCCAACUGCUACCAAAAAAGCUUCGUUUACGGUAUUACGAGAGAUCUCUUUUGUCAAACAACGGCGAAAAGUGUUGCUUGGCUUGACGAUAUCGAUGUUUGUCAUCCGAUUAUGCUCGUGGGAUCUGUUUUUCGUUUUAUUGUUCGCUGCGAAUUGUGGGAUGUUAUUUUUGAUGAAAAAUUCUGGUAAAGUUAAUGUGACGAUGGCAAAAAGAGCCGUACGUCAACGCAUUGGGUGGGCAAAACAAUGGGCUGGCGCUUUGCUACGUAAAAGAGGAGGAAAUGUGAGCAACAAUGUGGGGGGGACAAGUAUCAAUAAUAACAAUACAUUAAAUCCGCCCACAGGCGGCGUGAUCAAUAAUAGCAAAUCCAGUGCAAGUUCCUCCCCAAGAAAUGUUCCCCCUACGCCUUCAUCUGCUACACCGAUAUCAAAAGCUAUUGUUAAUGAAUCAAUUCAGAGUGGAAGCCUUAGCGACACUACACACGGCGGAAUGGUUGAUCCUAAAAUGAUCACGACUCGUCGUGGAGGUUUCUUCCUUAACUCCGGUGGAACGCCAAAAGCCGCAAAUAAUCUGCCUGACACUUUACCAUCAUCAUUAUACUCACCUUACAAUAGAGCUAUAUCACAACCAUCUCAACCUCAUCACGAAAUACAAAAUGCUGCCUCUAACUCUAAAAAACGCAAUAUGAUGGUACUGGAACCCUAUGAUUGGCGAAUGAAUAGCAACAGCAAUACCUCAAGAUCACCGUCACACAUUUCUAACCACAAUAAUUCGCAAAUAAUAAGAUCUUCAACGUUACCCCCAUUACUAGGCAACGACAAUAGUAAUAACAAUUAUCCGAAUGGGAGGUUGUCAUUGGAGGAAAGCUCUAAUGAUUCCCAUGAUUCUCGUCAUUCAUUUAUGGAUGAGCCCUGGCCAAGAAAGGCAGGAUCUAUAAUAUCGAAGUCAAAUAAUAAUAACAACAACGGCGGUGGUGGCGGUGGCAAUGGUCAUCAUAAAAAUCUUAGUGCCA